AUGUCGUCGCCCGUCUCUGGGCAUGCGUCCAAAGGUGCUACUCCCAUCCGACAUGGGAGUCCAGUCGAUGCUGCCCGACCGAGACUUGUUUCACCCAGAAAUAGUGAUGGGAUAAAUACCCCGACCAAGAGGAGUACAGGCGGCAGCGGCAGUGGUGCAGGAGGUGCAGGGUCAUUGGAAGCUCGCAGAGCUAGAAGAGCAGAGCUGAGACAGUUCUAUGGGAUUAAAGAGGGCCAGAAAGCCGACAGCGGACAGUCGGGGGACGAAGCAGGGAAGGCUGAUUCAGGGGAUCCUUUGGACAUCGACUCCUCAUCGUUCAAUGCUAGCAAAUAUUAUGAGAACUUGAUCACUACUGCGUCUCUGGCGGAUCUGAUCAAGACUGCAAAUACUCUUUCUGCUGAUGUGGGCAACUUGCAAGGCUCAAGACAUGCCCUGGUAUAUAAUCACCAUCAUCAGCUGUUCGCGGCUGGUGACACCAUCGCCCAAUUGAAUUCCCGAACACCACAGCUUCUCAGCAUCAUGACCUCUCUACAAGAUUCCUUCUCCGAGAUCUCGCGUUUGGCCGACUCGGUAGCUCUCCCUGUGGAUUCGACAGAGCAUUCAUCCGAGGAAUCAUGGGCCAAGAAUGUCGAGAGAUUGAGAUUGAUGCGGGUCGCCGAAGAGCCAGCUGAGAGAAUCAACACCUAUUUUGACUCCUUUCGUUCACGCUUAGAGACCGAAGCGGAGAACAGUGACAACGCCAAGCAAGCUCUCCAGUCUUGUAUGGUGUUGGUCAAUGCCUUAGAGGACGACCGCGACGAAGCCGUUGUCGCGGGGAAGCAAGAAUAA